UAAUCAUGUGACACACGACGACAAUGACAACUAGCCUGUGAUCGCUGUCAUUUUGGGUUGUUUGUUCAGUUCUUGUCGAUUGGUUUGUAGUUUUUAAUUUUUCUUCGAUUUUUUUGUGUUGCUUGCAAAAUUAAAAGUUAAAAAAACAACAAAAUGGUCGAAGCCUACGUAGCACCCACCGUUAUUACUUGCAUUUGGGCUUUUAUUGGCAUAAUUUGCCCCUUCUUUGCCAGAGGACCAAACAAAGGCAUUACCCAAUGUUGCCUUAUGUUGACCGCUGCCACUUGUUGGCUUUUCUGGCUCUGCUGUUAUAUGACUCAAAUGAACCCCUUGAUUGGCCCCAAACUAUCUAUGAAUGAAAUCCUGAUUGUUGCCAAGGAAUGGGGCAAUCCCAUUGAAGACACAAUCGACAUUACUUAUUACUAGAAGCAAUUCUAAACGGGAUUUUCUAUUCCAUCUCACUGGAUAGUCGUUUAAGUAAUAUAUUAUUGUUUAUGUUGGUUGUUUUGUUUGUGAAAAUUUAACCCCGUCCCCAAGCAAAAGGGCUCACGGUUCCAUCAGUAUCUUGUUUUUUUUUUUCAUUGUAUUCCAUUUAAAAACGUAUUAAUUCAGGUGACACUCUCUCUGAUCAGCAGGUGCCUUAAAAGUUUAAGACAAAAACAAAACAUGUGACCUUCAAGAAAAAAAAGCAACAGCACAAAUUUACACAUUUUAUGUAUUAUAUCUGCUUACAUGUUAUUGUUUGUUUUUCUUUUUGCGAAUAUCUUUCAAGUGUUGUGUUCUUGUUGAAAGUAAUUAAUUUUCGCUGUGAAACAAGCAAAAAUUAUAUACAUUAAUAAUUCCUAUAUACAUGUUUUGUUAUUAUAAUUAUAAAAAUAAAUCGAAGAAAAUUAAAAUCA